AUGUUCCGGUCUGUUGCGCGACGACUUCCGCGUCAACUUCCCACCACAACCGCCCCCCGACAUCUCGUCCUGCGCUCGUUCACGUGCGGUUAUCCUCGGAUGUCAUCAUUGCCCGCUGUCCAGCCACCAGUGUCAACGGCACUGCCCUCAGACGCAUACCAAUUGCUGUCGACAACGGAAAAAGCUGGUGCUUCAGAAGAUGCUCUGUACGAGCAGCAGAUUCGGGAUGUGGAAGCGUGGUGGAACUCUCCUCGAUACGAAGGGAUCAAGCGGCCCUACUCUGCGGCCGACGUGGUGAGCAAGCGUGGCUCGCUACAGCAGACCUACCCUAGCUCGCUCAUGGCGAGGAAGUUGUUCAAUCUCCUGAAUGAGCGCGCUGCUGCGGGGGAGCCGGUGCACACGAUGGGUGCCAUUGAUCCCGUCCAGAUGACCCAGCAGGCUCCCAACCAAGAGAUUCUCUAUAUCUCGGGAUGGGCGUGCUCCUCUCUGUUAACAACGACCAAUGAAGUUUCGCCGGACUUUGGUGACUAUCCGUACAACACCGUGCCGAACCAGGUGCAGCGCUUGUUCAAGGCGCAACAGAUGCACGAUCGGAAGCAGUGGGAUGCUCGGCGCAAGUUGACAGCCGAGGAACGGCAGAAAACCCCCUAUGUGGACUACUUGCGCCCAAUUGUCGCAGAUGGAGACACUGGGCAUGGUGGUCUGUCAGCAGUUCUGAAGCUCGCGAAGCUUUUCGCGGAGAACGGUGCCGCGGCAGUUCACUUUGAGGAUCAACUUCACGGUGGCAAGAAGUGUGGUCACCUGGCAGGCAAGGUCCUCGUACCUAUGGGGGAGCACAUUAACCGUUUGGUUGCAGCACGUUUCCAGUGGGACUUGAUGGGGUGUGAGAAUUUGGUCAUUGCUCGCACUGACUCGGAAAGUGGCAAGCUGAUCAGCAGUGCCAUUGAUGUUCGCGACCAUGAAUUCAUUCUUGGUGUCACGGAAGAGGUCGAGCCUCUGGCCGAGACACUGCAGGCAAUGGAGCGCGACGGUGCCUCGCCUGCCGAGAUCGACGCCUUUGAGCUCAACUGGGUCAAGCAGCACAAGCUUGUGACAUUUGACGAAGCUGUCGAUACCCACCUGGCUGCUGAAGGUGCUUCGCAAGCCAGCCGUGAUGCCUACAAGUCCGAAGUUGAAAAGAAUCCCGAUCUAUCCAUCUCUCGUCGCCGUGUGCUCGCCAACCAGUACACCAAAUCGCCGGUUGUCUGGUCAUGUGACAGUCCUCGCACUCGCGAGGGCUACUACCACUACCGCGCUGGCUUCCCAGCCGCAACCAAGCGUGCGAAGGAGUUUGCACCCUAUGCUGAUCUGCUUUGGGUGGAGACUGGCGAUCCCAACGUGCAGAAGGCCGGUGAUCUGGCCGCCAAGGUUCGCGCAGCCCACCCGGGCAAGAAGCUGGUGUACAACCUCAGCCCGUCCUUCAACUGGAUGGGCCAGGGCUUCGAUGAGGCCUCGCUCAAGUCUUUCAUUUGGGACCUUGCGAAGCAUGGAUUCGUCUUGCAACUCAUCUCUUUGGCCGGUCUUCACACCAAUGCGACCAUCACGACGGAACUUUCUCGCGCAUUCAAGGACGAGGGAAUGCUGGCGUAUGUUCGCCUGGUGCAGUCGCGCGAGAAGGAAAUGGGCGUCGAAGUGCUCACUCAUCAAAAAUGGAGCGGUGCUCCCUACAUCGACGGCAUUCUGGGGGCCAUCCAGAGUGGAAGCAGCAGCAGCAAGAGCAUGGGCGAGGGCAACACAGAAAAAGGUCGGAUUCUGAGAGAUGAUAUCGCUGGGGGUCUCCAGCGAGUUGGGCUCUGA